ACUUGACCAAAAUUUUUGCCUCCCAUGGCUACGAUGAAAGACCGGAAAUGAAGAUUCCUGCUCAAAUCACUAAGAAAGCGGCCAGGACAGAGAAUGUACUUAAAAAGAAGAUCCAAGAAUGCAAGACAGGCCGCUUCAUGGAGAAAGAUAAACGGAUCAUAGAAGAACUGAAGAGUCUUCACUGUGAUCCCCAUCCAUUUUGUUCUGUGUAUCCCUCAGAAACAGACUUCACAUUUUGGAGGAUUGUCAUGAAAGGACCGGCUGAAACUCCCUAUGAGAAUGGAACCUUUGAGCUGUAUUGUCAGUUUGGUCGUGAUUAUCCAGUGAAACCACCUGUUGUUCGGUUCUAUACUCCUAUCUACCAUUGCAACAUCAACAGUGUGGGAAGGAUUUGCCACAACAUAUUUGAUCGAAACUACUCUGCUGAUGUCACUAUGAGAGAGAUCUUGGAUGCUGUACAUGGACUUCUGAUACUCCCAGAGGCAGAAGAUCCACUGGACAGCAUAUUAGCAGAGGAAUUCCUGACUAGCAAAGAAGUCUACGAGCAAGCAGCUAAAGAUAACACUGCAAUAAACGCAUGUCAGUCCAUGGAAUCCAUUGAAAAGCAAUACAUAGGUGAGAGCAAUGUUCAAGUGCCUCCUCAUCUGGUAUGCCCCUUGUCAGGGAAGAUAUUCGUUGAUCCUGUCAAGGCCAAAGGUGGAUGUGUGUACGAGCGAAGAGCCGUUGAGGAAUAUCUUAAGACGAACAAUAAGGAUCCAGUUACAGGGAAGCCACUUAGCUGCACAGAUCUUAUUCCAGAUAAGAACAUGAAAAAGUCUGUUGUGGAGUAUCGUACAUCCCAGAUUGAGGAAACUGAUCCCUAAAUAAAGUAGAUAUUGCUUUGGCAGUGAUUCAGCUGCACUAUAAUCACACAAUACUCGUAUCUAUAAUAUUCAUUCUCUUUCGAUUGUGGAACCCAACUUUUUACAUCUUCACAUGUAGAAAUGACAAAAUUUCACUGCAUAUUUGGUGCAUUUGUUGUUCAGUUCAUCUUUGUAUAAUGUAUAUCUAAGUUCUAGAAGAGAGUUUAUAAUGGGGAAAAAAAUCUUUGAAUCUCUUUAAUGGACAAAUAAAUAUACUUAAUUUUCGGGGAGGGGGGGGUUGUUUGUAAGAAAAACUGAGAAAACUAGUGUAUGAGGGAUAGAGUUGCGGUUUCAUUUCACCAAUGUUAUUUAGGUUUAAAGUGUGUUAAAUUUACAUUUUCCAUAUCAACCUGUGAGUCUUGGUUGCUUUGUAUAUAUGCAUUCGGAGGUUCCAAAUAAAGUAUGUAUGCAUGUAUGUAUUUUAUAUUAUAUUCAGGUCACAAAUGCACAUGGCACACGUUUAGAAAACAUUUCAGAAUUUCUUCGGUUCACUGUGUUGUUAGGUGAAUGUAUACACAGACAACUUUUUAUUAAAAUUUACAUUUUAUUGCAGAUCAUAAUUCAUAGUUAACCUACAAAUGGUUUAAAGCAUUGUAAACUGGGUGGAGCCGCCUCUCAUCCAGGCUGGUGAUAAUAAAUGGUGCUAGUGAUCA